GCCGAGCACACGCUAGCCGCGCCGUUUAGUGGAGUCGUGUUUAAAUUUUUUUCAGUGUUCCACUCCAGCCAGAGUUUUUGCCGCCAAACGUCAACGAUGCAGAACGUUAUAAGACUGACCGGUCUACUACUGUUAGUAGUAGUUUCGUGCGUGACUGCCGCAUCGUCCGCAAACGACAACCUUACUCUUGGCAAGAAAGACCCCACCACCCAUGAGCUCCUCAGCUCGCUAGGCAUGAAGAAACUCCGAAUUCCCGCCGCGCACCACAGAAAGAGACUCGCGGAGCAAGGGAGACGGCAUGCGACCGGAGACUCCCGGAUGUACGUCAUCAAACUUCCGCCCAACACCAACUACUAUAGCCUGGUAGACCCGGCACCUGCCGCGGCCAGGACCCUCCCGCUACAGAUGACCAGCAACGGCAAACCCGCUAGGGUCUACCACUGGAAUCUUCCGGUGCUCAGUAAAUUAGCGAAGAGCAGACCCCAGGCUAGGCUGGCUGAUGAUGACGUAGUCAACGUAGAAAGCACUCCGACAUGGCCGAAAGGGCAUCCUAAUUCUCUGGAGGCGCUGGCUUAUUACGUGCCAUCCAAAAAGUCUUCCUUCAGAAAGUAUUACUCUGGCAACGGUAAGCCAAAGUCCUUUUAUGUGCUGGAAAAAAACAAAAACUCGGCUGAAUACCACAGGUUGUUGCCAUAAUUUUGUAAAAAAUAAAAACAACAAAUACAUAAAUAACCAUUUG